UACCUCCGCGGUAGUGCGACAGAGACGGACAACCGAACCGACGCCGUGCCUGCAGUGACGUCAUUCCCCCUCGCCCGUCAAAAUGGCCGCACAAUCGAUCGUGCCACCACCGACGAACGCGUUUCUCCGUCUCAAACGUCCGCAAAUAAUGUCCAAAAGCAGUGUCCGCGCCGGCAAAACGGGCGUUUAGAACGCGUUGGACGUCUCCGCACCGGUCACCGGCGUUUCCGAAGGCAUACGAUUAACAUGACUGAAGUGCUGAAAGCUAGUGAAUUAAGGGUCCCGAUGCCACCAGAAAAUAUGAGCAUAAAUAGAGAUCGAAGCGGAGAACAUCAUCAAAAUAUGGAUGGUCCACCACAGCCUGCACAUGCUCAUUUCACACCUCCAACUUCAGUGUCUGAUUUAGAAUUACUGCAGCAUAGAGUCAAUUGGGGUACAUUCAGCGACCCUACAAAAGUAUGCUCCAGUCUUAUGCUUCAACUUGGAGGAGCUGCAGCAGCUGUUGGUUCAGGUCAAGGAGGUUCGUCUGGUAAUAAUCAGACAAAUGGUAAUAAUGAACGCCGUACACACAUCACAGGCUCUAGUCUCAUGUUACAAUUGGGAGGAGCAGCGGUAGCGACUGCACCGAGUAGCGCAUCAGGCGGUACCCAAAUAUCGGGUUCAAGUGGUGAACGCAGAACCCAUAUCACGGAUUCACCUUUUCAUUGUGACAUAUGUGGAAAAUAUUUCUCCAGAAAAGAUCAUUUCAAAAAUCAUGUAAUGUGGCACACAGGUGAAACACCACAUAGAUGUGACUAUUGCGCCAAAACAUUUACACGCAAAGAACAUUUGGUUAAUCAUGUGAGACAACAUACUGGUGAAACUCCUCACCACUGCAAUUACUGCCCAAAAUCGUUCACGCGUAAAGAUCACAUGGUUUACCACGAGCGUCAACACACAGGAGAAACGCCGUUCCCGUGCCAGUACUGUCCGAAGGCGUUCACACGCAAGGACCAUUUGGUGAACCACGUCAGACGUCAUACAGGCGAGUCACCACACAAAUGCACUUAUUGUUUAAAAGUGUUUACGAGAAAGGAGCAUCUGACCAAUCACAUCCGCCAACAUACGGGUGAAACACCUCACCACUGCAAUUACUGCUCGAAAUCGUUCACGCGUAAAGACCACAUGGUUUACCACGAGCGUCAACACACAGGAGAAACGCCGUUCCCGUGCCAAUACUGUCCGAAGGCGUUCACGCGUAAAGAUCAUCUGGUUAACCACAUCAGGCGGCACACCGGCGAAUCGCCACACAAGUGCACAUUCUGCAUGAAGUCGUUCACCAGAAAAGAGAACCUGACCAACCACAUCCGUCAGCACACUGGUGAGUCACCACACCGAUGUCAUUUUUGUCCUAAAACGUUUACGCGCAAAGAACAUCUUACUUGUCAUAUUCGUAUUCACACAGGCGAAUCGCCACACGCUUGCGAAUUCUGUAAUCGAACCUUUGCACGCAAAGAACAUCUGAAACGUCACGUGCGCCAGCACGCGCCGGGGGCAGAGUACAAUUGUAUCAUCUGCUCCGAGGUGUUCUCUGCCAAGGAACCGUUGCUCGAACACAUGUUGACCCAUCCCCGCGAUUGUCCGUACGUGUGCACCGACUGCGGCAAGGCGUUCCGCCUCAAGGGCAACCUCCUGUUCCAUCAGAGGUCCCAUCAGAAGGGCAUGCCGGCCGAUCGUCCGUUUCGGUGUGAUCUGUGCCCCAAGGAUUUCAUGUGCAAAGGACACUUAGUGUCGCACCGGCGCAGUCACACCAAUACUAAACAACAAUUUCAGUCUGGACAAUUUACAAAAGACCAUGGCACCAAUGCCUCGUUCAUGUUGAAACACUUGAUGAAGCAAGAGAACGUGUCGGAAAUGAUCGGCCUGCAUCAGCCCCAUCCAAUGCCCCAGCACUCUGUCAGUGUGGGCACACAAGUUGGACUGCCUGUUCUUCCUCCGCCUCCAAACCUCCAUCUUCCCCCGCCAACCGCCGCUAGCCUGUUAGCCGCAGUCACGUAAACUUCUUGCAGUUCGGACAUGACGACUUUUUAUUUCCAAUUUCGUUCUGUUUAUUUUCGCUGAAAUUUUUUAUUUAUUAUUUUUCACAUUGAAAUCGUCAUUCAUUUUUAUUUAUUUUGUUUUUUUUAUUUCAUAGAUUAAUAAUGUUUGGAUAUUUUUUGUCAGAAAAAUAUGAUUUUCGUUGGUUUUGUUUUAUUUAAACAUUUUAUUUAUUACUACAUUUACAAUUUCGUUUGUUUGAUUUUAUUAAAAAUAUGAACACCUCUGAGCAACGAACCCAUCUCGUUUGUGAUCAUAAUAUACUCAUAUGUAUAAUAUAUUCACGGUUAUAAUGGCUUAACUUGUAUUGCGCGCAAAACUUGAUAACACUAUCAGCAUAUUGGUGAUAUGUGUGAGAACCGAUGAUGAUCUCAUUAAAUUUUCAAACUUGUGUUUUGAAAUAAUUGGAAUUAAUAUUAUUUUGGUGUAUUAUUACCAUGUUUUUUUACUUGGACAGUGAUACUAUUGUACUUUGGCUUCUUGGACUGUGCCUUUGAAGCAUUAAUGGCACUAUAUAUAAUAAAUUUAAAAAAAAUACAAAAUAAUAAUUAUUCUAGUUUUUAUUGGUAGUACGAAUAAAUUAAUAACACCUAUUAGGCUCGAAAUUAAAAAUAAGUUUUUAUAAUGAACUGUAUC